UUAUUUUCCCCCAUCCAUUUUAUUUCCCCCCCUCCCAAAACUUUUCCCCAAGCCCAUUCUCCCUCCACCAACCCUUUCUCUGCACACCGGCGCCGUGACCUCCACCGGCACUGGCGUGAUAUCCUCUCUCCACCGUGUGUCUCCCCACCGUCACUGUCGCCGACGACCACCUCCACUGCCGUGCAUCAGCUCCCGUCGGAACCCAUUUCGCCACGAGAGGCAGCUCUCCACCCCACCGGCACCGUGCGCCCCUUCUCUCCACCGCGCGUCUCCCCGUCGUACAAAACCCAUCUUAGGGUUUUGUUAUGCACUACAUUGAAUUGGCCCUGUGGAAGUUUCAGCAGUUUAAGACUCAGAAAACCCCUUUUUGGAUUGUUUUAAUUGGCUCAAGAAGUCGGUGUUUGGUGCAAGUAUUACCAAGAGAACUGCAGUUGAAGUAGGCUAUUGGUGAACUGUUUCUCUAUUUAGAGCCUUGCAAAAGAUGAUGGGGAAACCUUUGGUUCAGGUCUCAACCUGCCCGACAGUGCUGUCUUCAUCAUUGAUUACCCUUCCAAGUAAUUCGUCAAAUUGCUUGCCUUGUCUUCCAUCAAGACCACACAUAAAACUCAACAGGGUAAGAGCUAUGUCCGCUGAUGCAGGUCAUAGCCAGCCAUCUUCAGCUUCUUCUGAGAAAAAGAAUCCACUUGCAGUUGUUUUGGAUAUUCCUAGGAAUGUUUGGAGGCAAACAUUACGCCCAUUGAGUGAUUUUGGGUUUGGCCGUAGGAGCAUUUGGGAAGGUGGGGUUGGGUUGUUUCUAGUGUCUGGUGCAGUUCUUUUUGCACUCAGUUUGGCUUGGUUGAGAGGGUUUCAAAUGCGGUCUAAAUUCAGGAAGUACUUUGCUGUUUUCGAAUUUGCCCAGGCUUGUGGUAUUUGCACAGGAACGCCGGUGAGGAUUAGGGGGGUGACUGUUGGCAAUGUCAUCCGUGUUAAUCCUUCCUUGAAAAGUAUUGAAGCAGUUGUUGAGGUUGAAGAUGAUAAAAUAAUCAUUCCUCAAAAUUCACUGGUUGAAGUGAACCAGUCUGGUCUUCUCAUGGAAACUAUGAUUGAUAUUACACCUCGAGAUCCAAUCCCAACACCUUUAGUGGGACCUCUUGACCCAGAAUGUGUGAAAGAGGGUCUUAUUUUAUGUGAUAGGCAGAAGCUGAAGGGAUGUCAAGGAGUGAGUUUGGAUGCAUUGGUUGGUAUAUUUACCCGUCUAGGACGGGAGGUGGAGGAAAUUGGUGUUGCCAAUACUUAUUCGCUGGCUGAACGAGUAUCUUUAGUUAUUGAAGAGGCAAAGCCUCUGCUUACGAAGAUCAAAGCCAUGGCUGAUGAUGUUCAACCUUUGCUGGCUGAGGUUCGUGAUAGUGGUCUGCUAAAGGAAGUUGAGAAUCUAACCAGAAGCCUUACGGAAGCCUCUGAGGACCUGAGAAGAGUGCAUUCAUCAAUUAUGACCCCUGAGAAUACUGAGCUGAUUCAGAAGUCCAUUUACACCCUGAUUUUUACCUUGAAGAACAUUGAGAAUAUAAGCUCUGAUAUUUUGGGAUUCACGGGUGAUGAGGCUACAAGACGGAAUCUAAAACUACUUAUCAAGUCCCUAAGCAGGCUAUUGUGAAGACAAAUAAAAGAUGGAAAUAGGAUGGUAGCUUACAGCAGAAAAUUAGAUGUUCGAAAUGCUAUCCUUUAUUUAUUGUAGCGGGGAGAAAUCGUAGUAGUGUCAUUGCACCCUUUGGAUCUGCAUUUUUUGGUAGCAGGAAAGCAUUCAAUGCUAUUCUUCAUAUAGCAUUCUUUUGCCUCAAGCGGAAAUGUCCAAUCAAGUUUUGUUGACUGGUUUUCCUUUCCCAAACAAGAAGUGAAAAUGUGAAUGAUUUAUCAGUGGAGGUUUUGUUUGUUGCUACAGAAAGCCCUUGAUUUUUAAGAUGAAAGUUUGCAUUCGAGUGUAGUUUGGAGGCUUCUGCAUUUGUUUCUAUGUGUUCCAUUGUUUAGGCUAAAAUGCCCAUGAAAGAUCAACAUCAGAAAUGUUCCCCUGAUAAAAAUUCUGUCAGUAUGGAAUUGUCAAUUUUCUUUGAGGAGAGAGCUUCUGUAUGUUUCUUAUGCUAAUAAUAUGCCUGUCAACUAUAGUUUCAGAUAGUGACAGCCAAGACUUUGUUUUCCA